CUAUUUCAGCAUUAUAUGCUAGUUGUUUAGUGGGGAACUUUGUGGAACAACUAUGGAAUUUUGCUUGGCCAGCUGCUAUUGCAAUGAUCCAUCCAAGCCUUCUUCCUGUUGCAGUCAUGAGCUGUUUUUACUAAGCUUGCAGUUAUUCUUGGAGGGCCAUUAGUUGGAAAACUUAUGGAUCAUUACCCUAGAGUACAUGCAUUUAAUUUUCUAAGCUUUAUCCAGGCAAUUUCCCAGCUGAUGUCUGUGGCAAUGAUUAUUCAUGCUCAUCAAGUUCGGUAUGUUGUUGUGUCAUCUGUUCUACUUCGUCCGUGGUUUAUUAUUCUUGUUUUUGCGAGUGCAAUUGAGCGAUUGUGUGGGUUAGCUUUGGGCGUAGCCAUGGAGCGUGACUGGCUUGUACUGCUAGCUGGGACCAAUCGACCUAUUGCACUUGCUCAGGCUAAUGCUGCUAUCAAUCGAAUUGAUCUUCUGUGUGAGUAUUUUAACAAAGCUCUUAAGCUAGCUCAAGGAGAUGGUCGGUUACCUCAGUUCACUCCUGUAGACGAACUGUCCUGUUACCUCAGUUUACUCCUGCAGACGAACUGCCUUGUUGCUGCAGAAGCUCCGGUUGCUGCUGCUGCAGAGUCACCUGUUGUUGCCGCUACAUAG